AUGCCAUCCAAUAACUCGGGCUACGGAAGCGUUGCUGUGAAUCGAUCUGCAGAUGAAGAAAAACUACUCAAAAUGAUUGCGCCAGAAGACAACAGCGUAGACCAUGAAGGACAACACCGGCCAGCCCUCGGAAUUACAUCACGAGUGAUCCUGAGUGUCUUGUGCGUUGUUGCGUGUGUGGCCCUUUUCAUCCAAGAUGGAGGAGAAGAAUCGAGCAUUACUAUGUCUGCCAAACACAAGCACAAGCACCACAAAAACGUGUUGUUGAACAAACAUCACGAUCGUCAAGAGCUCUACUACGAACAAGUUCUUGACAACAUGGAUCCUUCCAACGACGAGACAUAUUCCCAACGCUACUACAAGGUUUCCGAGUACUGGAAGGGACCUGGAAACCCGAUCCUUGUCAUUAUUGGCGGCGAAGGGGUGCUUUUUCUUCCCAUGUUGUAUCCAUGGGUUAACACGGGCUUGGCCAAGGAGUUCGGUGCUUUUGUUCUCUCUCCAGAACAUCGCUUCUACGGCGAGUCGCAGCCAUUGCACAACGCCACCAACGAGGAAUUGGUGCAAUUGGCGACACCCGAUCAGGCCCUAGCGGAUGCCAUUAAUCUCAUUCAACACGUUCGCAAAGACAUUGGAUGCAGCCUUGAUAAAUCUUCCAAAGACUACUGUCCCGUCAUUACCUUUGGAGGAUCUUACCCUGGCUUUUUGUCGGCCUUGCUGCGAUUCCGGUUCCCAGAUAUAAUUGAUAUUUCUUAUGCCGCCAGUGCUCCAUUGGAUCUCUACGCCCAAAACGUGGCGCCUCAAGCCUACUUUGAUAAGGUAUCCGAGGUUGCUGACAUUGCCUCGCCUGGCUGUGAGGCUGCCGUUCGUGACACGCUUUUGGACGCCAGAGACGAACUCACUACCUAUUACACUUCCGUCAAAGAGGCUGCUGAAGUGACUGGUUUCUGUGCCAAAACCUUCCCAGACUACAUGGAAACCAUUGAAGAAUUCAUUAGUGAAACCAUCACUUAUUUGGUUCCAGCAGUCUUUGCCGACUUCAACAUGUUCUACUAUCCACCAGGCCCCAAAACAGCCUUGGAACGGGCUUGCCAAAUUUUCCAAGAUCCCAUCCAUGCGCCAUUGAAGAAGAUCUCCCUGUUCUACGAUCUUCGUGGGGAGGUCAAUCACGGAUUGGACCACAAGCCCAAGUGCUUCGACCUGUCCUUGGAGCUUCCAAGUGGACCCAAUGCCACAAUUCGAAGCGCAGACAGUUCUGGAUCUGGUGCUGGAUUCAUUGGCGAGAUUUGGGAGUUUCAAUGUUGCAAGGAUUUGAUCGUUCGUGCGUCAUACUCGGAACAGAGCAUGUUCAUCCCUCGACCCUAUUCACCUGAAUGGCACCGCGAGCAUUGUGAAGCACGAUUCGAAGGUGUUCCAUUUCAACCUUACCGUAUGGUUCGCGAGUGGGGAUACGAUGACUUGAGCCAAGCCUCAAGAAUCUUGUUCACGAAUGGUCUACGAGAUGGUUGGUCUACGAGCAGUAUUCUUUCAACCGAUAACCCAAACCUUGCUGUUAUCAACCUUCCUAACGGAGCCCAUCAUAGUGACCUUUCGAUGCACUGGCCAAAUCCAGCUGAUACUGAUGACAUCGUCGAGGGCCACAAGCAAGCUACCGUGAUCUUGCAAGGUUGGUUGGACGACAUCAAGGCAGAAAACAGUAGCUAG